ACCAGGAUGGUGUUUACAUAUUGCACCCACAAUGCCGCACAAACCAGCCAAUCAAAGCUGAUGUUCUCUUCGUGCAUGGCCUCUUGGGGGCAGCUUUUAAAACAUGGCGCCAGAAGGAUCUUGACGUGACGGAUGAUGACAUGGUGGAAGGGGUUCGAGAGGACUACACUGAAUGCUGGCCCAAGUCAUGGUUGGCUGCAGACUGUCCAAACCUCCGAAUCCUGUCUGUUGAGUAUGACACCCAUUUAAGUGAUUGGAAGGCAAAGUGUCCUGCUGAAAACCAAAGAAAGUCCUUGGCCUACAGGAGUCAGGAACUGCUGAGGAAAUUGAAGGAUGCAGGUGUAGGGGAAAGGCCUGUGGUCUGGGUAGCCCACAGUAUGGGAGGUUUACUUGUGAAAAAGAUGCUCUUAGAUGCCUCUAAAGAUCCUGAUCUCAGUCCGCUGAUCAAGAACACGAAGGGAAUUCUGUUCUACAGCGUUCCUCAUCACGGCACGUUUAUGGCAGGGUAUUCUGUCAAUGUCCGAUAUCUCCUUUUUCCCUCCAUCGAAGUAAAAGAACUAUGUAGAGACUCUCCAGCAUUACGGGACUUGAAUGAAAAAUUCCUGAACAUUACAAUGGAACAAGAGUUUAAGGUCCUUAGCUUUGCAGAAACUCUGCCAACCUCCAUUGGGCCGAUGCUCAAAAUAUUGGUAGUUCCUUCUCAGUCAGCAGAUCUGGGUAUUGGGGACCUCAUUCAGGUGGAUGUUGAUCACCUCAACAUCUGCAAGCCAGAAAAAAAGGACUCAUUUCUUUAUAAACGUACUUUACAGUUUAUUCAAGAUGCUCUUGGAGGACAGAGUAUUAAGUGAACUCUAAAGUCCACACUCCAAAUCCGGUCUCUUGCCAUUUCAUUUCAUUGCCUCUUGAGGAUUCAACCAUUACAUUCUUAACUAUAGUGUUAACUAUGAAUGAAAAGUUCAUUGCAAGUGGAUUUUUCUUUUCAUGUUUUUUUAUUAUUGCCAAUAUGAAUAUGCUUUUCGUUAAAACCUCUGGGUUUAACUUUUAAUGCCCGCUUCAGCAUUGCCUUGUAUUGUAUUUCAUUUCAGUCAUUUGAGCACUUUUUGCCAUUUAUUUUAACUGGAAGCUAUAACAAAUAGAAAUGAGUAUCAAGUUUAUUAUAUUUAAAAUGUCAGUCAUUUGUAGGAAGUAAGUUUUAUUUACAUUAUUUAUUUUUCUUUGAUGAAACUGAAAACUAGCCUUUUUUUCUUAACUCACCAGCCUUCUUUGUAUCCCUACCUCAGACACACAGAUUGGUACUGAUGUUGGCUGUAAUAUGCCACUAUUUUUGUAAUAAUGGAUGAAUUGUAGUACUUGCAUAGGACCAUACUACUUUUAUAUUGAUGCCGAGUAUGUGCAAGACAAAAUUAUUGCCACAUCUUUAUCACACUUAAUAAAGAUGUGUAUCCUAACUUUACAUUACAGGUGCAUCUCAAUAAAUUAGAAUGUUGUGGAAAAGUUCAUUUAUUUCAGUAAUUCAACUCAAAUUGUGAAUCUUGUGUAUUCAAUAAAUUCCAUGCACACAGAC